CUCACUCUACCCACCAAAUUCCGCACACAAUCUAAAGUUCACAAGAACUCUAGAUUAACACUUAUUUUCACGUUUUCAAAAGAAACGAAAAAGAUUUUAAAUCUGCAACAAAAUCUAUUCACCCCCCCCUCUAGACUUUGUAUUUCACCACUUUGGGACCACCAAUUGGUAUCAGAGCAAACUUCUCACUAUCUACGUUUAGAUUAACGAGAAGCGAUCAUAAUGGUGAACAAUAUGGAUCACGGUUUGCCCAAGUUUUCUCAUCUAGGUUAUGCAAUCAUAAUGGUGAACAUUCUUUCACACCUCUACGCUCUACAUGAUUGCAUGUGGAUGGUGCUUGAGGAUGGACCCUUGAAAAUCCAAAUGGAGAAUCCUGAGAGGAAUCCAGCAACUCCAGAUGUAGUCCAGUACAUUCCAAAGCCCAAGGAAAAAUGGGAUGAUAGAGAUUGCAAAAAGCACAAUCUGGACAACACACUUGAUCCCAUCACCUUCUCCAAAAUCAAGCAUCUCAAGACUGCCAUGGAGAUAUGGCAAGGUCUUGGGAAGCUAUGUGAGGGAUCAGAGGACUUGAGAAAGCAGAAGAUAGAAGUCCUGCUUGAGAAGUUCAAAGGCUUCAAAAUGCUUCCCGGAGAAUCAUUUGAUAUGUUGGAUGAAAGGUUCCACAAAAUCUUAAAUGAUCUUGCCUCACUUAACCACGUUCUUUCUCCCAAAGAAAAGAAUGUAAGGUUACUGAGAUCACUUCCAACCGAGUGGUAUACCAAAGCCACUGCCAUGGAAGAAGGAAGAAACCUGGAAAACUACACUGUCCAAGGUCUCCUUGAUGAGCUCAGAACCUAUGAGCACGAGCUGAAGAAGAAGAAGGAAGAACAAGUCACUCCCUUCCCCACGGCACUGAUGACAACUCCAAGAGUCCCAUCAAGUGAAGGGACAUGCCCAAGGAACUGUGACACACCCUCCUCCAGCCAGCCGUCAAGCUCAAAAAUGGAGAACUACGAUGAGGAAUUUGCCAUGAUGGUCAAGCAAUUCCGGAAGUUCAAGAAGUUCUUCAAGAAGGCUGAUUCAAUCAGAAGGCCAACCAAGGGAAAACCACAAGUAAGUGACUCCCCUCCUGAAUCUUAUUUAUGCUAUAACUGCAGGAAGCCUGGCCACUGGAAGUCAGCAUGCCCAUACCCAAAGGUGGAGAAGUACGGAGAAAGAGAAAGAAACGAGAAGAAAAAGAAGGCAAUGGUUGCUGCUGAAAGUGAUGAGUCAUCCAGCUCAAGCUCGGUUGAAGAAGCCCUCGUUUGCAUGGAGCGCAGAGUUGAAAAGUCCAACUAUGAGGAUAGGUGGACUAUGUCAGAAGAUGACACUCUCUGCCUAAUGGCCAAAGAUGAUGCCAAUCAAGAGGUGAAAUCCCUUAAUAAAGAGCUAAGGAUACUUAAGUCCAAAGAAGCAGUGGACAAGCUUCUUGAAACGACCAAACAUAAGGGUCGUGAAGGACUUGGGUUUGACCCCUCCAGUUCCAAAAGGAAAGGGAGAACAACUUUCAUCCCUCCUAAACCUACUGACAAACCAAAUAAUCAGAAAGGAAAGGAAAAGGAGAAACCAACAGAAGUUCCCAAAAAGGAAGCCGCUAAGUACCCAGGUGUCUGGUACUUAGACAGUGGCUGUUCAAGACACAUGACGGGUGAUGCAAGCCUUUUGAGCAAUCUAAUUCCCUAUGAUGGUCCAAGAGUUACUUUUGGAGGAAGCAAUGAUUUCGGCCUUACUAAAGGGCUAGGAAAUCUGGUGUACAAGGGACUAACCAUCCAAGCUGUAUCUUAUGUAGAAGGUCUCAACUAUAACCUUCUUAGCAUAAGUCAGUUUUGCGAUAAAGGUUACUCCUUGGAAUUCUGCAAGGACAUGGCAUCUCUCAAGAACAUCUCCACAAAUGAAGUCAUUCUCACUAGGAAGAGAAUCAGGAACAUCUAUGAAGUAAUGUGGGACAAUGUCAAAGAAGCAUGUCUAAUCAGCAAAG